AUGAAGGCCAGAAUUGCAGGUCCUUCUAUCUUUCGCCCGCUAUGGCGGCGAGAUUUCUCCUCGUCGGCCUCCCGCCGGGCCAUUAACAAAAUCGUUCACAGCGCUGAGGACGCUAUCAAGGACUUGAAAGGCUCCUCCAUGAUCUUAGUUGGUGGAUUCGGCUUUUCUGGUGUUCCUACCAGCUUGAUCAAUGCUGUGCGAGACCGUCCAGAGCUCAAGGACUUUACGGUCGUCUCCAACAAUGCGGGCAUGCCUGGUGUUGGUUUGGGUCAAUUACUAGAGUCUCGUCAGAUCAGCAAGAUGAUUGCUUCCUUUAUUGGCGAGAAUAAGGUCUUCGAGAGGAUGUAUCUGGAAGGCGAUUUGGCCCUUGAACUUACUCCUCAAGGUACAAUUGCUGAAAAGUGCGCUGCUGGUGCAGCCGGCGUUCCUGCUUUCUACACCCCUGCUGCUUAUGGUACCAUUGUCCAAUCUGGUGAACUCCCUGUACGCUAUAACAAGGACGGCUCUGUCGCCGAGAAGUCUAGACCCAAGGAAACCCGCGAAUUCAAUGGGAAGAACUACAUUCUGGAAGAAUCCUACUUUGCCGACUAUGCCUUUGUCAGAGUAGCCAAGGCAGAUAAGCUUGGUAAUUGUCAAUUCCGCAAGGCUCAGAAUAACUUUAACGAGGCCAUGGCAAAGAACGCCAAGGUCACCAUUGUUGAAGCGGAUGAGAUUGUUGAAGUCGGAGAGAUUGCCCCUGAGGAAAUUCAUCUGCAGGGAAUCUACGUUAGCAAAGUUAUCAAGACCACCGAAGGCAAAAAGAUUGAGAAACUCACUUUUGCUAAAGACCCGAACGAUAUGUUAGGCGCCGGUGAAGCUGCUGCCAAACGUGAACGAAUUGUCAAACGUGCGGCCAAGGAGUUUGAGGACGGAAUGUAUGUCAACUUGGGUAUCGGUAUGCCUCUUGUUGCCCCGUCUUUUUUGCCGGAGGGCAUUGAGGUCGUUUUGCAGUCUGAGAAUGGUAUUUUGGGUCUUGGUGGCUACCCUCGCCCUGGGGAGGAGGAUCCUGAUUUGAUCAACCCUGGCAAGGAAACCGUGACUCUAGCUCCCGGUGCAUCUGUCUUUGGCUCUCAAGAGAGUUUUGGUAUGAUUCGCUCCGGGCGCAUUGAUCUUACCAUGCUGGGAGCUUUGCAAGUCAGCCAAUAUGGAGAUCUCGCAAACUUUAUGCUUCCCGGCAAGGUUAAGGGUAUUGGCGGUGCUAUGGACCUCGUGGCAAACCCCAGUCAAACCAGGGUUGUUGUGACCAUGGAACACGUGGACAAGAAGGGAAAUCCUAAGAUUCUUCCUGCAUGCACUUUCCCUCUUACCGGACCCCGUUGUGUCUGGAAAAUCAUCACUGACCUCGCUGUAUUCGACGUCCACCCUACCGAGGGUCUUACCUUAAAAGAAGUUGCUGAAGGUUCAACUGUUGAGGAAGUCAAGAGCAAGACCGCCGCGCCUUUCAAGGUUGCUGAUUUGUUGAAGACAUUUUAA